AUGCGACAGUUGGCCAAUGUCAACUUCACACUGGCUCUGCUGUGUCUGGUUUACUGCGGGAUUAACAUGACCCUCAUUUUUGUCAACUAUGUAAACUCGCAUUACGAGGGGGAGGAGAAAGAUGCACCCGUUUCACCAAUCAUGUUUCACCUGGUAGAGUUCUGGGCUACCUUUUGCUUUGCAAUCCUAGAAUGCAUCUCUCUCAUCAGCACACCCAAGGCACUCAGGACCAUCUACAAUGAUCCGCUUAUGCUCAAGCUCAUUCUAUUCUUCAACAUUGUCGCAUCUUUUGUCCCGGCUCUUUUGGUUACCAUGAACUUGGAACUAUUUGAAGUCGUGUCACACGAAAUUGAUUACAGCAAGCUCUUCAUGACCUGCCUCGCCGCUAUGGUGGCAUUGGUCCAACUGGGAUGUUACAAUCUCAUGGGACGCACGUCGGAUGGAGACAUGAGAGGAGAAGUUUUGGCACACUACUGCGAGUUCAUCUUUGAAAUUAUCAGCAGUCUCAUUGCAUUCUUCUUUUGUCUGGAGAAUAAGUUCAUUGCCGACAAGGAAAUUGGAUUCAUCCUGUACGGAACACACAAUGAUGGACUGGGAUGUCACAUUUGCCAUGAUCAAUCCAUACAGUUUGAACAGACCUAUUUUCUGCCUCCACACAACAGCAACUACCACCACCACCAAAAAGGGUUGGAUCAUACUGCAGCUCGACUACAACGGCAAGGAGACAAUCAGCAAGCCCAAUCCUCUUCCGUCUUGCCUCACCACUCCACAUAUGGCUCGCUCGGCUGA